AUGCAUCCAGGACGGCUAAUUUCCAUUGACGAUAUGCAUUGUACUACACGCUACAAUUUGAAACUGGCUACAUUGAUGCUAGUUGAUGACCAUGGUCGUUGGGUCCCAGCUGGGUUUCUAUUUGCCAGUAGGAUGGACAAAGAAGAAGCCAAAAGCAGACUCCUUACACAACUUUCCCAGUAUCGGACCGAACAUCGAGGCUGUUUCGACGAUUAUUUUCGCCGUUACUACCUCACACGUCAGGAACACUGGGCUCCGUACAAGCGGACUGCCGCCAUCGCCAACACCACCAUGGUGUCUGAACGAGCGGAUGAGCUAGUGCACAUCCUGAUCAGUGCUCUACUGGAUAUAGCAAGAGAGCAUUUGAUCCAGGAUGAACGCGGCAUGACGGAGGGAAAGUUUCGUACUAGGGAGAACAUGUCGAGGCACAAAAGGACAGUGGAAAAAGGGAAGACAGCAGGCAUGAUUAACACGAGGGGCACCAUGGAAUGGAAAGUGGAGUCCUUUACAACUCCUGGAAGAUACAACAAACUAAAUGCCACGUCAUGCCAUUGCGAAAACGUAUGUUUUCAUAAGGCAUGGCCAAGUGGCGAGAACACCGUACCGCAGAUAGACAGUGAAGAGAUGGGGAUACAAGCGAUUGCGACUACAAGCAACUGCACGGAGCUUGAAGAUAUGCCAGAAGUGAAUGGUGCAGUGGGAUUGGGAGACAAGAGAAGGGAACUUAUUACCGAACUUCAGGAAUACGUAGAUCGCCUUUCCUUCUCUUGGAACACCCGAACCACUGUGGACGAGGAUCGUCUGGCUUCGCUAUCGCGUACGCGAGAUCUUAUGCGGCAGGCAGUUGAAGAGGAGCUGGGUGAGUUUUAUUUGAUGGGUUCUCAGGAAGCAGCUUUAGUGCCGAGGGGUUCUCAGGAAGCAGCUUUAACGCCGAGGUCUGCCUGUCGCAAUCGAAGCCGCGCAGUGCAGAUAAAGCAGAGCCGCGUCAAAAAAAUGGCUAAGCGUACAUUACGCGAACCCACACAAGGAGCAGAGAAUUUCCACACGAGAGACAUCGAUGCAGAUGAGCUCAAUAUCUGCAUCCUGUGCGAAGACACUCAACCACCAUUGGACGACCCGCUGAUGAAGACGUUAUGGGAGGAGCGGUUGUACUUUGGUGGUGCUGUACGAGCUGUCAAGUAUGGGCACACAGGGACUGCAUGCGAUAUAGAGAUUGCCCUGUGUGCGAUGGAGUAUUUGAGCCCACGGGCUAGCUUACUUGGAUUUGUACAUAAUUAUGUAAUAAAAUUACUCUUCUCAGAUAUCACAUCCAUAGCUAUCAUUUCCAUGCCGUUUGUGUAUGUAUAA